UUGUGCUGUAGGAGGAGCUAUGUGUUGAGAUGGUUAUACAUUCAAAACAAACCUUGCAUUUGGUUGUUUAGAUUUAUUAUAUCCCUGAAACAUGCAUUAAACGUUGACAAUCUGGGAAUAUUGGCGCGUCUCUCUAAAUCAUGAAAACUGCCCAAUGUGAUGCUUAAUGCAAUAGCAGAGUUUAAGAUGGCGAGCUCAAAACGUGUCAUCCAAAUCUCGGGCAUUAAAAACCGAACCCAGAAGCAGAAAGUAGUCGAAGGGAUUCGGAGCCUUGGUGGAAAAUAUAUUGGCGGUUCUGUCUAUCAGCAAGACAUCACACAUCUUAUAGUCUCUGGAUUUUCGCAAAGUGAGAAGUUUUUGGCAGCUUGUGCAGCAGGAAAAUGGGUGUUGACUCAAACGUACGUGUUUGACAGUGUCCAAAGGGGCUCCUGGCUGCCCGAGGAACCCUACGAGGUGGCCUUGUCCCAGAGCACCCAGCCAGCCCACAACCCCGUCAGGCAGUGGAGGAAGAGGGUGGCCGAUGGGAGCCUUCCAGGGGCCUUCCACGGCUGGACGGUUCUCCUGGUAGUAGCUGACCCGCUGAGUAGAGCCAUCUUCAAAAGGCUCCUAAAAGCAGGGAAAGCUGAAGUAUACCUAUCAACGCCUCCUCCUCCUCAUGCAGCUAUUACUCAUGUCCUGGCAAAGCCCCUACCCGAGGACCUCCAGGGCCAGAUAGCCCCCUGCUAUCCGGUCAAACAUGUGGUUCAUCAUCUUUUCGGGGGCCAUUUUGUUGAUUUGCAAGGUACUUUUGAAGCUAGCGAGGAAUUGCCAGCAGAAGCUGAGCCAGCUUUAAUUGAGUUUUGUCAGUUGGAGAAAGAACUCAAGGAGUACAUUAUCAAACGAGAGGAACAGCCCAGACUCUUGUUCCCGGAGUUCCAGAGCUACCAUGAGCCAUACAGUCUAAACUCAAAGGCGGUGGAGGCGGACUUCAGCAACGUGGGCUCUAUGAUUGAGAGCGGCCUCUUCUCGGAAGCCUUGGACUCAAUUAGGGACACUCUAUCGCCUGGGCUGCUGCCGCCUGCAGUCUUCCUCGUCUCUCUGUUGGAGCACGCGCUGCAGGGAAAUGCUUCUGCCGUCUACCUCCGGAAUCUGCAGCAGGUACUACACGGCCUGCUGUUGAACAACCCCUCCUGGCUGUUUCCUCAUACUGUGAAGAAAUAUUUUUCUGAGCUGCUGCAGUGUCCUCAGUGCAAGAGAGGCCUCUGGCCUUUCAUAGAGACCAUUAUAAGCUCCCGUUUGUCUAGUGAUGCUGCAUGCCAUCCCCUCCCGGGACCCGCCUCGCCGUCUCUACUGUGUCUCCACGGCAACCUGCUGGCGUUGGUGCUGAAGUUGUUCCAGGGCGAGCUCCACUCAGUCACAGCACGGGACUCGGGACUUCUGAAAGGAGCAGGGGUCUCUCGACUGCCUGCCUCUGGCUCUCUGCUGUACGAGACCUUCUGGACUGUGUGGGAGCGCUCCACGCUGCUGUCCAUGGCCGUGAAGCAGCUCGUUAAGCUUCUGGUGCAGGUCCUGAUCUGGGAGAAGGAAGUCGAGGACGAGGCAGAGAGGGAGGCCCGGCAGGAGCUCCGGAUGGGGGAGACCCUGCUGGACAUGCUUGCCGCCAUGGUGGAGUUCUGGUGCCAGCAGCACCUCAAACUGAACCAGACCCUGGUGGAGAUGGGCCUGAAAGACCUGGGAGAGCACUUGGCGGUCAGCGCUAGCAGCCAGGAUAUACCGCUGUGUCUUCUGGUGGAGCUGGUUGCCAGGAUACCCUCCAGCAGGUUGAGGUUGGUGACGGCCGACGCCGUCUUCAGGAACCUGUGCUGCCGGAACGGGGUCACUGUCAGCGAGGAGCCCCUGUCGCUGAAGAAGAUGGUGUCAUCCUACCUGCCUGCCUUGGAGAGGUUGGUGGAGGGUCCCAGGUGGGCCGACAACAGGGGGCCCUGCCCUGCGCCUGAACCCGUCUCUCACAGCUGGACCAGCCCGCAGAGGAUACAGAGCAGCUCUAUAAAUGAAACAAGCCCGGGGAAGGAGUUCAUCCCCAAAGGUCUUAACAGAGUCAACGCAGCAGGUGAGACGUGUCUGCACCGAGCGUGCAAGAGGAACCAAGUGGAGACGGUCCGACACAUCCUGUCGCUCCCCGGAGUGGACGUCAACGUUAAAGGUAGGAGAGAAGCUUUUCCAAAACUCGGGAAUCUCUCCGUCUUCUUUACGGCCGUGGACCCGCGGACCUGUGGGAACAGAGAGGGAUCCACGGCGGCGGCCGCGGCCUGGAAGUGCCUCUCGCUCAGCCUGAGGAUUCCCGGCUUCUCUCAGUCACACCUGGUCAUGUUGGGGACUUGGUAA